GGCCUCGGUAUUCAGCAGGGCGAUCAUUUAUAACAUAAGUACAUAGCUGGGGUGGCCAUGCCGCCCUCCGCGUUCCUGUCCGCAGUCUUGUCCCCAAUUUGCCCCUUCCCAUCCUACGCGGCUGUCCUAGCCCCGAGUCCAACACACCCGAAGUCGCGCUGUCGUUACAUUUGGGUGACUGUCCUUACAGGUGUUCCGACCACUGUGCGAGUCUCCUUGGAACCUCCAAUACAAGGACAGCGCGAAGGAUUCGUCGACAUACCGAUUUCCUUGCCGAGAGACACGCCGUAUGGCUUCGGACAACUCUCCGCCCGGAUCCCGUACAACGGCAGGUCCCCCAUUCGACAAGAGCAGCGCCGAUGUCGUGUUGUGCACUCUCGACGACAUAGAUUUCCUUGUCCACGCCCAGAUCCUGUGCAUGGCCUCCGACGUCUUCGAGAGCAUGCUGUCCAUACCACAGCCCAACGUCUCAGACCCGCGCGACGUCCACACUGAGACGGGUCUCCCUCUCGUCCAUGUGUCAGAAGACUCGCAAACCUUGGACCGACUGCUCCGGCUCUGCUAUCCGGUCGCAGACCCGAAGCUCUGCUCGCUGGACGACAUCAAACCCGUCUUAGCCGCGGCGGUGAAGUAUCAGAUGGAGGAGGCGAUAGCGUUGAUGAAGGACAAGGUGAAGUCGCUCUGCAUGGACUCGCCUCUCCCGGUCUACGUCGUUGCAUGUGAGCUAGACCUCGAGGACCUCGCUCACCAAGCCGCGGCCACGGUGCGUGUACGAGAGCUCACGACGGAAUAUGCACCUGAGCUGGACCGGAUAACCGCGGCUCAAUACUACCGACUACUCUACUACGGGGCGCGGAGACCGCCCUCCAUCAACGCAGGGUUGUCCCUGAACUCGCCUUCCUUGACGUUCUGCAGAAGUCCUAUCCCUGAUUCGGCUUCGUCUGACAGCAGCUCUGUGGUUUCAAAUUUUGUCACCGAGUUCGGCGGUCCUCACGCGAUCGCGGACAUGACUAUCCGCUCCGCUGACGAUGUGGAGUUUUCUGUGCACCGCAACAUCCUUGCCAUGGCCUCAGCUACUCUCCUGGACUCACGUCCUGUGUCAACAUCACCAUCCACUUCAGCCGCUGUAUCUAUUCGGGUGGAUGAAGUCGCCUCUGUGCUCUCAAUUCUCCUCCAGCUCAUCUACCCGCUCCCUGAACCGACAAUUUCUGACCUCCGCACCCUGGCUGCGGUCACGGACGCUGCCGCCAGGUACGGGAUGGUGCGUGUCAUCCAGACACUCAAGCGGCUAUGGGCUGAGUACCUCGACACAUCACCCCUACGAGCCUACCUCAUCGCGACGCGGCACGGAUGGGACAAGGAGGCGCGCGAGGCUGCGCGUCGUGCAUGCUGCGAAAAGACAGACGCGUACGUGCCAGAGAUGGAGGCUGUCUCUGCGUCCGCGUACCGACGGUUCCUCGUGUACCGCUACCGCUGCCGCGAGGCCGUCUCGCGCUUGACGCUCCCGCUCAUUCAGCCGCAUCACCGCCAGGAGAAGAAGCCGUCGAGGUCAAAGCAGCUGUACUGGAGCAAGACGGGUGCCGAGUACUCGAAUUUCCGGGACGCGUUCGCGCUCGAUGUGCUCGAGAUGGUACAGAGAGCGGCGGGCGCGGGUUGCAUGCAUGCGGUGGUCGCUUCGCUUGAGCCGGAUAUGAUCAUUACUGCGGCACACCCGGGCGAGCAGUUUCUCACUACGGUGGCUUCUCUUGAGGAAGCGGUUCGGAAGGUCUUACAGGGGAUCGAGUUAUGAAGGUCAUAUUUUGAACCUAGAUUAUCCAAUGCAGCAUCAAUUCUUCCUGGCAAUGAACGACGAGGAGUUUCGGUCUGCGACUCGGCGCUGUGACCAGGGCAGUCUACUUUGGAAGUCGUUGUGCGCUUUUUGAGUCAUGUGCCUUUACGAGCUUGGGAUGCU